GAUUUACCGGUUGGACCAAUCUGGUUUUAGAGCAUUCCAGUUCGUAAUCUGAGCUUACCUACCAGAAGGCAAGUUCUACCGGAAGGUCCGAAUCCGUCAGGCUUCAUAACAGAGACGCCGAUUCUCGCAGCGGCAACCAGAUAGAAAGCCAGACAUACUUAUUUGUUAGUGGCAGAGAAGAAGCGGAAGAGAGAGUAACGGAGAAGCAAAUUAAGAUGAAAAUAACAUGGAAUAAGAAAAGCGGCAACAAGCGUCCUCACCCAACCAUAUCUCUCUAUCCAAAUCUCCCUUUCGAUCAAGACGAAGAUCGCACGAACGAACGGAAAGAAGCCGAUAAUGGUCCUCAGAAUCAUCACCCUGACCAAGAAAACCAACCUUCUGAGUCCCUCAACUCAGAAUUAAAACUCGCAGAGUCCUUCCAGUCCGAAGGAAAUAAACUGGCAGAGGAGGGAAGAUUCCAGGAAGCACUUGGGAAGUGGGAGGCUGCCCUUACUCUGAUGCCUAAAAGAGCAGUUUUACAUGAACAAAAAGCCCAAGUUUUGCUUGAGAUUGGAGAUGCUUGGAGUUCUUUAAAGGCAGCAACACGGGCCACUGAAUUGGAACCCUCAUGGGCCGAGGCCUGGAUAACACUGGGUAGAGCACAGUUAAAUUUUGGAGAACCUGACACUGCUAUCGAAAGCUUCGACAGGGCUCUAGCAAUUAAGCCUGAUUCUGAGGAGGCAAAAGAUGACAGAAAGACAGCCUUAAACCUUGUGAAGAGGCGAAAGCAGCUUCAUUUGUCUGGGUUGAGUUCAAAUUCUAGUCGUUACAUCAUUGAAAACAAGGAUGAGAAAUCAUGAAAGUUGUAUGAAAGAAAGGAAAGCUUCUGAAGCAGUCUUUUGGACUUCUAUAGGCAUCCCACCCAUGUAAGACCAUCGAAUACUCUUUUAGUGUUGUAUUCCUGACAUUUAAGGACACAAAAGAAGAAUGUUGUAUAGGCCUGAUCAGGGAGAACCCAGGUUAAGAAGAGAGGAGCUGUACAUAAACGAUGGAUGAAAAUGAAUCCUUACAAUCCAUAAGGUUUGAUGGGACAAAAGAAUACUAGAGGCAUUGGACUUUUUGAGAGGCCAAGUAUGGAAACACCUACUUGAAU